AUGGGAUAUAUACCCAGUUACAGAAUAAAUAUAUCCCAUCCAUUCGAACACACAGAUAUCGAUUAUGCAGGACCCAUAUACAUGUGGUGUUCUAAAGAUCGCGGUCAAAAAUCUUUCAAAGGUUACAUCGCAGUAUUUGUAAGCAUGUGCACGAAAGCAUUCAUAACUGCAUUAAAAAGAUUCUUUUCAAGGCGUGGGAAGAGUACACAUUUAUAUUCAGAUAAUGGCACUAAUUUUAUUGGCGCAUUAAAAAAAUUAGAUAAAGAGUUUGGAAAUGCGAUCAAAAAUAACACAUCGAUGGUACCAAUUCUUGCAGCAGAAAAAAUUGAAUGGCAUUUUAUUCCGCCGUCAAGUCCGCAUUUUGGCGGUGUAUGGGAAGCUACUGUAAAAUUCAUAAAAUAUAAUUUGAAGCGCGUAAUAGGUGAAACAAAACUAACAUUUGAAGAGAUGACUACACUUCUAAAUCAAAUUGAAGCAGUACUCAAUUCAGGACCACUCUGCUAUAUAAGUAGCGAUAUUGACAGUAUUGAUGUUCUAACACCUGGACAUUUCUUAAUAGGCCGUCCAAUAUUAGACGAACCAAGUCAAAUAGUGAAGUGA